AUGGGGUCGGGAAAAAAUAUAAAGUUUGCCCUGUGUGAGGUGCUGCAGUUUGCAGGGCUAGGGGUGCCCAUCUUCGUGGUGAUGCAGAGGUUUGCCUCCAUCAUGUGGCGGAUCCGGCAUGCCGCCACCCCCCCUGGGGACGCCAACACCGCCUACUGGCUGAUUGUGGCCUCCUCCGUAGCCUACGUGACCACUGUAGCGCUAUUGGUCUGGGUGCCCAUGAAGUACAUGAUCUUCAAGAAGAGGAAGUUUUUAACAGGCAGGAAGAAGUGGAGACCCGUCGCACUGGCCUAUGUGAUCCUGUCCACACUUCCCUGCUUCGCCAUUCUCAUCGUGAGCUCUGAGGUGCAAAUCAGCAACAGACUGCAGUAUGACACCUUUGCGGAGCUCCCAGUCUCAUUAGUGCUCUUCUCCCUGAUCUUCAUGGACAUCAUCGAGAGGAUCCGCCACUGCCGCCUCACUGGCCAAGCGAACCAGCUGGACAGAGAUGCGGACAUCCCUUCUUCUGUGCUGACCAACGUGCAGCCCGUGGGACCUGUGGCACCGGCAGCUGCCACCGCGAGCCAGGUAGUCAUUGACCGGCCACAGAACGGUUCAAGCGCCGGCUCAGCUCCCGGGCCUGGCACUGGCUCCGGCUCCAGACCCGAGGCCAACGGGGCCGUGCCGGGAUUUCCGGGGCGUCAGGGCGUACAGCCCGGUAGUCAGUUGGCUGGACAGCUCCCCGGACAGCUGGCCGCACAGUUGGCUGGACAGUUGGGCGUCAACUCCGCCUCGAGGAGUCUCCCGACCUACACCCUCCCGCGACCCCUUCGCUUCCUGUGCGCCAGCGACGCCAGGGCCGACGUCUUCGUGGACGGCUUCGUGUUCUGGUUUGACACCGUGGAGAUGGUUCGGGCAGCGAGCCACCCUGGAGUGUACUACUCAGGCUGGGUGUUCCCUAUCUACAUAUUUAGCUAUCUGUCCGUGCUCAGGGUCAUCGUCAUGCCUGGCAGCCCGCUGCUGCCCACGCUGGGGGUCGCCUUGCAAGACCUUCCCUUCCUCUUCGUCCGCAUCGCCUUGAUCGCCAUCUUCGGCUUCGUCACGCCCCUGCUCUACCUGUUCAAGAACCUGCUGGUGUCUCUGGCCUUCAUAUACUUCAACUUCAUGACCAAGCUGAGGGUAUUCAACACGGAGAGGAUGUUUUAAAGAUGCAAUAGGAGGAGUCUGCCGGUGAGAGACGGUCUAGAUGUAGACGGCAAAGAUUGCAGUAGCAAAUGACAAAUGUGUGUAGUGUUCCCGUAAAGAUGAAUUUACAGCCGGUGUCUACACGUUGUCUCCUCGUAAAUCUGAUUUUCCUUUCUGUUCAUAGUUGUUUUUACUUUUUUUUAUGCCCCCAUCCAGCUCCCCCUGCCUCCUAAUAAGAGCACAUUGGCAUUGUAGGUACUUCUAAUGUUAAUUGCUACUGACUUAAGAGGUCGGGAUAGUUUCUCCAUUACCACAGCAUGCAGUGAAUGUGGAUGAUAAGAACUCCCUGCCGUU